UGUACAACACCUUCUGACAGCGGAAUAUUAAGAAAGAAGUUUCGAUCACAGAGUUAAACUCGUCUCCCGGUGUUUGUGGUGGAACUCGGGUGAUGUCUGGUCGCUCUACUCCCGCCGCCCACUUCACAAAGUCACUUUAAUGACCUGGUACGGGUGCAGAGGUUUUCUAAGUGAAGCUAGUUCCGCCUUGGCUCUCUCCCCUGUGAUGGACAGCGGCGACAAGUGUCAAAAGUAACCGGGGGGGACGACGAGACACCGGGGGGGGAAACACGUCUCCUGUGUGGCGGACACAUCUCCACACGAGCGAGGCGGCCACUGGAGAAGGAGCUGCUGACUGCUGAGUUUUGGACACCGUGAUGGAAAAUCCUGACGAUGAGGUAGACCUGCAACACAGCACAACAGGGGGCGAAGAAGCGAACUCUGGUGGGGGAUCACCUCCAACCAAACGCAAAGGAAAGUUCUCUAAGAUGGGAAGAAUCUUCAAGCCCUGGAAAUGGAGGAAGAAGAAGCCAAGUGAUAAGUUCACUGAAACAUCUAUAGCUUUGGAAAGAAAGAUUUCUGUUAGAAAAAGUCGUCAAGAGCUGAUUUCAAGAGGGCUUCUAAAGGACAUCCCAGAAAAUGUGAGCAACAAUGUAAAUCACUCCAAAGCACCGACAGUGAAAAAUGGGCACCCUGUGUCAAAGGACGUGGACAGGGUAUCGGAAGCUGGUGCUCGAGUGUCUCGAGGGGAGUCUGACCAGAAAGUGAAUCCCCUCUGGGUGCUCCAGGGAGAUGAUCGUCGUAGCAGACUCCCGUCUGAUGCCUCCCGGAGUAACAGGGCACCUCUGGAUGUGGACACUCACGCACGGAUGACUGUGGACGCAGACCGACGAAGCCGUCUGCCAUCAGAUGUUGAUAAGAAAGGAGGAUCUUUAGCCAGAGGAGCUCCUCAAGAUGAUAGAUACCGCAGAGAAGAGAGAAGAGAUGGAAAAGAUGAUAGAGAAGAAAGGGGGAGAAAGGAUAGGGAAGACAUUGAGAGAAAGGACAGAGAUAAGCAAGAAUGGAGGGAUGACCGUGAGAGGAGAGAUGAAAAGAGAGAUCGCGAUGAGAGGGAAAGGAGGGAUCGAGAUGAGAGGGAAAGGAAGGAUCGAGAUGAGAGGGAAAGGAAGGAUCGGGAUGAAAGGGAAAGGAAGGAUCGGGAUGAAAGGGAAAGGAAGGAUCGCGAUGAAAAGGAACGGAGAGACCAGGACGAGAAGGAACGGAGAGAUAGGGAUGAGUGGGAACGGAGGGACCGUGAGGAGAGGGAAAGGAGAGAUCGGGACGAGAGGGAACGGACAGACCGUGAUGAGAAAGAAAAGAGGGAUCACAGAGACAAGAGAGAAGAUAGGGAUCGGCGGCCUGAGAGGGAAAAGAGAGAGAACCGAGGCGAAAGAAAAGAUGAGAGAGAAGACAAGGGUAGGAAAGAUGUGCGGGGAGAAAGAGACGACCGAGACAGAAAAGAUGACAGAGACCGGCGGGAAGACAAAGACCGAAAAGAUGACAGGGACAGACGGGAUGACUGGGCCAAAAGAAAUGAAAGAGAGCGACGAGAUGAUCGGGAAAAGAGGGAGGAGGAGAGGAGAGACAAACUGGAUGACCUGCGAUCUUUAGUUAGGCCAGUCUCUGAGAUGAACCUUCGGCCUACUCUACAGAAGAGCUCGUCGGAGGACAAGAAGAAACCUCGUCCUGCCUCCGAGUCUGACCGGAGGACCACCCUGCCCAGAUCCAGCCCAUCCACAGAGUUCAGAGAGCGCUCAGAGUCUGCCGUUGUCCGCUCCAGCCCUGUCCCUCAUUUUGUACAAGACUCACAGCAGGAACCUGCCCCUGCCCGGCACGCUCUGCUUCCCCCAAAAACCCUCACCGCUCCCUCCACUGAGUCCGGUAGGAGUCAGACCCCCUCCUUCUCUUCAUCCUCCUCCUCCUCCUCUUCGUCCACCUCCUCCUCUGCUCCCAUAGCUGUGGCUAAACCGCCAAGGACUGUCUCCCUAAUAGUGGAUGACCCAUCUCGACCCUCCCUCGCUGCUCCCUCCUCAGUUGACUCUCACAUACCGCCCCCUGUCCCUCCCCAUGCCAAGCAGCCUCCCGUCCCGCCACCCAAACCCACCAACCGAAACAGCAACCCUGCACUGCUCGCAGAGCUUUCUCAGCCUGGCAGUGGCAUCAUCAGUGUUCCAGCACAUGCAAAGCGCUCUCCACCAACUCCACCAAAGAGGAUGACCCCUGUCACCAAGCGCCACUCUGUGGAUCCUUCCCCUCCUGCUCAGGUUACUGAGACUGCAACCACUGACCCGGCUGCUGCCUCUGGACCGGUGCACCAUACUCUCCCCAAAGGAUAUAACAGUGAGGAGAAAACAAGUGCAGCAGCUCCUCAGACUGCCACUGACACUCUGCCUUCACCGCCGUCCCACAUACCUCCAUCACCUCCCAGGGUUCAGUCGCUCCAGCCGCCCGACACCACCUCCUCUGGUCCUGUGACCAUCAUACAAGCGGAUCCACCCAGCCCAACCACUGAGCCUCCCAGCCAUCUUCCAGCCAUUCCACUGCACAUCCUCAUCCAGAGAGCCCUGGCCAGUCCUGGCCAAGCUCAGCCCAACCCGGACGGUUCUCAGAGAGCCCACUCACUACUGUUUGAGUCUCCUCCAGAGUUCCUUGCCGAGCUGGGGGAUAGCUCGAGGCUUUCACUUCCCAUCACCAUCGAACCUCUCAGGCUACCCGACGACGAUGACUUUGACAUGGAGGAGGAGAUGCGGAAGCUUCAGCCCCAGAGGCCUGCCCGCCAGCCUGACAUGGAGCCCCGAAGCCGGAGGGGUUUGAUUGGGGACCCCAGAGUCAGCAUCAUCCCUGAGGUACAAGGUCACGAGGACAGCGAGGGGUCUGACUCUGAUGGCCCCAUCCUGUACCGAGAUGACGACGAUGAUGAUGAUGAUGAUGAUGAUGAUGAUGAUGACGACGAUGAUGAGGAGGGCCCUCCAAAUGGGCUGCUGAGUCGUGUGAAGAGGAAGGACACAUUAGCCCUAAGGCUGGAGAGACAGGAGAGACGAGAUCGAGAGGAGAGGGACCCUCAGGAGAGCCAUGACAGCGGGACUUGGCAAAACAAGGAGCAGUGGAUGGCAAUGAGGAACAAGAUCAGCAGUACGCUGACAAGGCGCCUGAGUCAGAGACCGUCUGCAGAGGAGCUGGAGCAGAGGAACAUUCUUCCAGCCAAGAAUGAAUCAGAUCGUCGAUUAGAGCGAUCCGAGAUCAAAAGGCGGCUCACCAGAAAGCUGUCCCAAAGACCCACAGUGGCCGAACUCCAGGAAAGGAAGAUCCUGCGUUUCCACGAAUAUGUUGAGUGCACCCACGCCCAGGACUACGACCGGCGAGCAGAUAAACCGUGGACCAAGCUCACUCCUGCUGACAAGGCUGCCAUCCGCAAGGAGCUCAAUGAAUUCAAAAGUUCGGAGAUGGAGGUUCACGAAGAAAGCAAGAUCUAUACGCGGUUCCAUCGGCCUUAGCUGUCCAUAGUCAAACACUCAGACUGGGAGUAGAGAGGCGGAACAAGCCCCUGUCCACACAAUGAACAGAACUUGUGGCCCACUUGGUUCAUUUUUUUAACUGACUGCCUGCUAACCUGCUUCAGCUAAUAAACUGGAACCAAAGCGAAAGACGCAACGAUCAGUUUGACCACGGCUGGUUCUCAAAUUCUUUGACUGCGGAAUUCAGGACAAGAGGAGUUUGUUUGGUGUCCGGUGCCAACACUAAAGAGUGAGGAAUCCCUCCCCAUUCCUACUGCUGGAGGGGGUGCGAUUGAAGCAAGAGGGUGCAAUUGAAGUGAGAGGGCAACUCACGGAGGGUUAUCACACAGCCUUCCUCAGGGGAAACCACUCACCAUGCCUUUACCGGCUGUCAUGAUGCAAUCUCCUUACAGAACAGGAGGACCAUGCACAUACAGCGAUGACUGUAGCUACCACUGAAUGAAUCUGGUGUCUGUUCAAACACUGUUAAUGUAUAUAUCUAUACGUGUUUGUUCUACAAAUGUCCACCCAGAGGUGCCACAUGGCAUCAGCCUUAAUCCUCACAUGAUCCAAUGCACUCUUGUAAUGUAAAAUUUAGACAAAAUGUGAAAGAAGCUGGUCUGACAGUGUGUUUAAUUAAAACCUUGGUCAUACCCGCUUUUGAACCGACAGCUGUGCUCUCUGUGUGUAGACCCUCAGAACAGUGAUUCCAACCUACUGACCUAAAGUGUACAUUUUACUGUAUUCUGUAGAUCAUUUUAAAGAUUGUAAUAGAGCACAUAUCAACAAAUUUAUCUAAGGCACCUUGAGUUCCCUAAUUGAGCAUUUAAAAGUUUUGCGCCUCAGUUGUUUUGUUUAUCACUGAAUUAUUCAAGCAGGAAAAUGUACAUAUUUUGAUUUUCCUAGUUUUAUGGUACUUUAUAUAUUUAAGUCAAUAGAUGGCUGCAAUUGUAUAGCUCAAACAUGUAGAUUUGAUUAACUUUAUACUGUAUACCUACACUAAUGCUGACAUGUUUUAAUUGUAAAGUAUUUUUCAAAUGUUAUUUCCAAGUAGUAAUGGUACAAAACUUCUUUUUUUUGAUACAGAGAUCUUUAAACUUUUUGCAACCACACUGUAUAAAUUAAAAAUCCACUCAAAUUAAAAAAACAGUGAUUUUCAUUUCAA